AUGCAGCCUCCCGGCCCGGCUCUGCCGCCGGCGGUGGCGGUGGCGGCGGAGCUGGCGCAGCUCGAGUGGAGGCUGGGCCAGGUCGCCGGAGAGCCCGCGCGCCGCGAGCUCGCGGAGCUCGGCGAAGCCGCCGCGGUUCGCGUCCUGCGGAGGAUCGCGAGGUCCCAAGCGGAGGUCCGGACGCUUACCCGCUACAUCGUUUCGGUUGCGGUGCAGGAGAUGUUCGCGCUCAACGCGCAGGACGUCCCCACCGCCGUGAGCCUCGCCUGCAACUCCGCUCCUUCCCUCAGUGAUGAAUCUGUACAAGGGCCGCCGUGCCACAAUGAGGUCCAAAUGGAAGAAGUAACUUCGGGCCUCUCAAACCAUUGUAUGGCGAUAUGCGAGGGUCAAGGUCAGGAAGGUUAUCCAGUGAUGAUGGCAAUUGACAACCCACCUGAUUAUGCCAUCCCCCCCUGGGACUGGGACCAGGAUUGCAUUGAAGUUGAGAACAUUGUCCCAGGAAUGGCUUCUCGGGCAAACCAGAUGCUUAUGCAGUAUGGCGAGGAUUGCAUUGAAGUUGAUAACAUUGUCCCAGGAAUGGCUUCUCAGGCAAAUCAGAUGCUUACGCAGUAUGGCGACCGUGACCAUGACCGUAUCCAAGAACUGGUUUCGAUUGUACCACAUGGUCUUCUCAUGCUGGCUGAAAGUCCUGGAAAUGGCAGACCAUCUGAGUUGCAGAACCAUGUACAGAAUGGCAUCCCCGAGCAGUGGAUGAUUCCAGCAGAUCAAAGAAUGGAACCCCCCUCGAGCCGCUUGCAGCAUGUGUUAAGAUGUCUUAAGGGAGUUGGACCCUUUGGACACCAUAUCGGUCCGGAGUGUGCAAUAAUGAUACCAAUGCCCGAGCCAAAUGUUGUUGUGGAAAAUGCGUUCAGGGAGUCAGCAAGCCCUCAUAUCACAGAAAAUGAAUUGAGGGAGACAGCGAGCCCCCAGAUGUGUGCACUGGAGGAUUUGGAGUUCAGCAAGAGAUUUUUGAUACUCUCUUAUCUUUGUCAGAAUAAAAUGGAAGAUGAAGCUGUACUGACUGUGGACUAUAUUAAAAAGUUCAAGUCCCUAUCCAUGGCUUAUUUUGAGUCCAAAAUCUGGAGGGAAUUUGAAUUUGAUUCAGACCCAGCUACAACAAAAGUAUACCAAUGUCAUAUCGAGAUAAGAGGGGAUUCCACAUUCUUUGUUCUGAAGGGGCCAUAUAUGGAGAAUAGGAGGACGCUUCUACAGAAAAUUCUUGGUGACGAUAAUGUUCUUGUAGUAAAGUUUAUGGUUCCUUCAGACAAGAGCACUGAUUUCUACCGCCAACAUUACCAUAAGAUUGCUGAAGAUGGUAUUAUUUUGGGUCUGCGGCGAUAUGAUUUUUUUGAAGAGGUUGAUCAAGACGAAAAGAAAUCAAUUGCGGCAAAAAUGAUUAAAUUAGUUGACCUUUAUUAUUUGGCUCUGGAUGGGCACAAGGUAAAUGUGGAUCGUAAUCUGAGAGUACAAGCAUAUCCACACUUCAUGGAGAAGAAAAUCUACGAUGAGACUGACAGAGUAAUAUCGCAACAAUGUGAUGAACAAAUUCAUAAUGGAAUAGUUAAUAUUCCAGUUUCUACAUCUGAGGAUUUGCUCUAUGACGCUGACGAAUUCGAAGAGACCAAGCGGGACCUCUCAGACGUGUUCAUGGAGGUGUGCGCGAUCUACAGGAUCGUCUACGAGCGAGCAAGGUCUACCAGGAGCGUCACCAAGUGCCGCUUCGUGUGGAAUGUCGCUGGAGCCGCGCUGUGCUAUCUCCACGCGACCAAGUACGCGGUGCAGCGUGGGGAGAAAACCGCGCUCUGCCCACUCUCAGUUAUCCGCCAACUUUACAUCUGA